AUGCGCAUGACUCGUGCAGCUCUGCGAGCCCAGGCUCAAGAGGAACCGCAUCUCAUUUACGAGGACGCCGACGCGAAUGCUAAUAACUCGCCACAGGAUGAUUGCGCCGACGCCGACGCCGACGCGAACCAGGAUCUCGUUCGGCCCCCAUUGAAAGACAUCACCACCGAAAUCAACCCUUGGACCACGGACGAUCCCUUCACAGACGACCCAAUCGAGCCCAUGCAAAAAUCCAAGAGCAGGAGGAAAGCGCGGAAACCCAAGCAUGACAACGCCGCCGCAGAGUCCAGCCAGGGAGAAUCGGACGAGGCGCAGGAGCCGCAGCCUGCGAACGCGAACGACAGCCACCAGAGUGAAUCUUCUGAAGGCCACGGCAGGAUACAGGACACGCCUUUGGCUGUCUCUGUCGACCAACUUGCUGUGCAAAUAACUCAAGUCACAGUCGAGGCAGUGGACGCGAUCCAGCAAGAGCAAGCGAUAGCCGCAUCGAACUUGACCCCCCAACGCUGCCACACCGGGCCUCCCAAGACCCCCAAGUUCGAUCCAUCUGUGCAUAAACCAAUGGAGGAGGCUACGUCGUCGUCUGCUGCAGACACGGUUGAAGAUUCGUUUGUGGAGAAGAUCACAUCGAGGACCCCGGGCAGGUUGCAGACACUGUUGGAGGAGAACAAAUCCCCGGACUCCUUCGCCGGCCAGAUGAGCUCCCGGACACCCCGCAUCGAGGAUUCUGUCGAAGCGAUUGAUGCCCUCGAAGAUGCGAUCGAGAAGAUUUCGGAGACAUUGCCUGCCCUGGACGAACUGAAGAUGGAGUCCCCCGUGAAACUGCGAAGGAACACGCCAGCCCGCGUCUAUCUCGAGCCGACCAAACCCCCAACAGAUCCUCAGCAAAAAGUGAGCGGCCGACGACCAGCACCACCUCCUCGGCGCCUUCCACCGAAGGCUGGAACAACUUCAGGAGCUUCAGAGCGCCUGAAAUCGACCGCUGGACGGGCAUCUUCAAACAUUAAUCCGACCGCCAAAGCAACCACCGCCGCAAAACCUGCGAGGCGACCGAUUGUUGACGGCCACAAGGCGAGAGAAUCUUCUAGUCUGGGUGCCGCACCGCCGCUUUCGUUCUCGAAUUCUCCUGUUAAGAACCUUCCCACCACCAGCAAGAAGCAGCCUGCCAAUGGUGCCUUGUCCACCAGCAAACCCGGAUUCGUACCCGCCAAAUCCAACAAGUCGCCUACAAAGCCCAAAUUUUCACUGCCGGGCGAGGCGGUCGCAGCCAAGCUCAAGGCCCAGAGAGAAGAGCGCAUGAAGCGCGAGGAAGAAGCGAGCAAUGAGAAAAAAGCCUUCAAGGCCAGACCGGUGCCGGCAAAGAUAUCUCGUCCCAGUGUUGUGCCACGAGAGAACAAGGCCAGCCAAGCAAGAAUGAGCAUCUACGCCACCGGCGGAAACAAGGAGAACGUUGAACCCAAUCCGGCCGCCGCGACGCAGCCAAAACCGCGUCCAUCAUCGCUCGGUUCCAAGACGAAAACAGCAGAAGCUCUCACCAAAACCGCAAAAGCGAGCAGCAGCGCACGUCGGACCACCACGUCGGCCACUCCGGCCAAGCCACGCGCCUCGAUCAUGCAUCUAGCCACCGGUCAGAAGUCGACAGUGACCAAAGACGACGUCGUGCAACAGAAGGCCAAGGGCAGGGAGGUCUUUGCACGGUCGAAAGCUGAGACGGAGCGGCUGGAGAAGGAGAGAAGGGAAAAGGAAGAGGCCGCGCGCAAGGCCCGGGCGGAGGCGGCAGAGCGAGGACGACAAGCGAGCCGGGAGUGGGCAGAGAAGCAGAAGAAGAAGAUGGCCGCCGCGAAGAUUCUGGCUGCACGGGAAAAGGAGAAGGCGGAGAUGGGUGGUGGUGGUGGUGGUGGUGGUGGUGCUGCUGCUGCUACUGAGAACAUGGCAGCUCAAGGGCAGACCGGCACCGUGGUCCCGACCUAA